GAAACCAAAUCCUAAGGACCUCGCUGACUAACCCGCAUCACUCCACACUGGCCUCUUGAUCGCCGCCGGCGAUGGUCGCCGUUCACGUCAUGAAACCUCUAAGCCUUUGUUUCCAGAUCCUCCUUCUCCUCCUACUGGCAGUUUCCGUCUUCUCCUGGAAGAAAGAAGAAUUCCGGAACUGCAAUCAGACUCCCUUCUGUAAACGCGCCCGUUCCCGCAAGCCCGGAACGUGUAAUUUACGCGCCUCCUAUGUCUCCGUAUCCGACGGAGAUCUGGUCGCCAAGCUCCUCCCCAAAGAAGGGAGCUCAGAGAUCGAAGAUCCAGUCAAGCCGCUGGUUCUCUCUAUCUCUGUGUACCAAGAUGGUAUAAUGAGGCUGAAGAUCGACGAGGACCCGAGUUUGGACCCGCCCAAGAAGAGGUUCGAAGUGCCUGAUGUGAUACUGGAUGAGUUUUCAAGCAAAAAGGUUUGGUUAAAGAGAUUUAAGGAAGAGACGUUGGAUGGAGAUUCGUCCGCUUCAUCUGUGAUUUACUUGUGUGAUAAUUACGAGGGAGUGCUGAGGCACGACCCCUUUGAGGUUUUUGUGAGGGAGAAGGGUAGUGGGAAGAGAGUAGUUUCCAUAAACUCGAACGGGUUGUUUGAUUUCGAGCAGCUGAGGAAGAAGCAGGAAGGGGAUGAUUGGGAGGAAAGGUUUCGAAGCCACACUGAUACAAGGCCUUACGGCCCUCAAUCGAUCAGCUUCGAUGUGUCAUUUUACGGAGCAGAUCAUGUUUAUGGCAUUCCGGAGCACGCUUCAAGUCUUGCUCUGAAGCCCACCAGAGGGCCUGGGGUGGAGGAAUUCUCCGAACCCUAUAGGCUCUUCAACCUGGAUGUGUUUGAGUAUAUCACAGAUUCGCCAUUUGGGCUUUACGGAUCAAUUCCUUUUAUGAUUUCACACGGGAAAGCUAGGGGGACAUCCGGGUUUUUCUGGCUGAACUCUGCUGAAAUGCAGAUUGAUGUAUUGAGCUCCGGUUGGAAUUCGGAUGAGUCUUCAAAACUAAUGCUGCCAUCGGACAAGGAAAGAAUCGAUACUUUGUGGAUGACUGAGGCUGGCAUUGUGGAUGCAUUCUUCUUCGUUGGCCCAGGGCCAAAAGAUGUUGCUAGGCAGUACGGUAGCUUGACCGGAACACCCUCAAUGCCACCCCUAUUUGCAAUAGCUUACCACCAAUGCAGAUGGAAUUACAGGGACGAGGAGGAUGUUUAUCAUGUUGAUUCAAAAUUUGAUGAGCAUGAUAUCCCCUAUGAUGUUUUGUGGCUUGAUGUUGAGCAUACAGAUGGGAAACGCUACUUUACAUGGGAUAGGACGCUGUUUCCUAACCCAGAAGAAAUGCAGGAGAAGUUGGCUGCAAAGGGUAGGCAUAUGGUUACCAUUGUGGAUCCUCAUAUAAAGAGGGAUGAUUCUUACCACAUACACAAGGAGGCUUCUGAGAAAGGGUAUUAUGUUAAGGAUGCAACUGGUAAGGAUUAUGAUGGCUGGUGCUGGCCCGGUUCCUCCUCGUACACUGACCUUUUGAAUCCAGAGGUUAGGUCCUGGUGGGCUGACAAAUAUUCACUUAACAACUAUGUUGGUUCAACUCCACACUUGCACAUCUGGAAUGACAUGAAUGAGCCUUCUGUCUUUAAUGGUCCUGAGGUCAGCAUGCCAAGAGAUGUUUUACAUCUUGGAGGUGUUGAGCACAGGGAGUUGCACAAUGUAUAUGGUUUAUACUUUCAGAUGGCAACAGCAGAUGGACUUCUUAAGCGAGGAGAUGGGAAAGAUAGACCUUUUGUAUUGGCAAGGGCUCAUUUUGCUGGAAGUCAAAGAUAUGGAGCAAUUUGGACUGGAGAUAAUUCAGCUGACUGGGAUCACUUGAGGAUUUCUGUACCAAUGGUUUUAACUCAUGGCUUAGCUGCAAUAUCAUUCACAGGUGCUGAUGUUGGUGGAUUUUUUGGCAAUCCUGAACCGGAGUUGUUAGUCCGUUGGUAUCAACUGGGUGCCUACUAUCCAUUCUUUAGAGGCCAUGCCCACCAUGACACUAAAAGGCGAGAACCAUGGUUAUUUGGAGAACGGAACACUGAACUUAUGAGGGAAGCCAUACAUGUUCGCUACAUGUAUCUCCCUUAUUUCUACACACUUUUUAGAGAGGCAAACACCAGUGGCAUUCCAGUUGCACGCCCACUUUGGAUGGAGUUCCCUGGUGAUGAAAAAACUUUUACCAAUGAUGAGGCCUUCAUGAUUGGAAAUAGUCUUCUUGUCCAAGGAAUUUAUACUGAGAGAGCUAAGCAUGUAUCUGUGUAUCUUCCUGGGGACCAAUCUUGGUAUGAUCUUAGAAGUGGAACUGCAUAUAAAGGGGGUCUGACACACAAACUCGAGGCUUUGGAAGAGAGUAUACCAGCUUUCCAAAGGGCUGGAACCAUCAUACCAAGAAAAGAUCGAUUUCGUAGAAGUUCUACACAGAUGGAGAAUGACCCUUACACCCUGGUUAUUGCUCUUAAUAGUUCCCAGGCUGCUGAAGGCGAGCUCUAUAUUGACGACGGGAGGAGCUUCGAUUUCAAAGAAGGAGCCUACAUCCAUCGCCGCUUCAUAUUCUCCGCUGGAACUCUCACAUCCUUGAACCUGACACCAUCUUCUGGGAGUAAGAAAUAUUUAUCAGAUUGCAGAGUGGAGAGGAUAAUUGUGUUAGGAUUAUCUGGGGGACCAAACUCUGCCCUGGUCCAGCCUGGGAACAACAAAGUGGAGGUUGAAAAAGGGCCGCUGCUUCUCCUAGAGACCCAAGGACCGUCUGUGCUAACUAUACGGAAGCCUAAUGUGCGAGUAGGCGAUGAUUGGUCGAUAAAGAUUUUGUAAGAAUUGGCUGGUUUAAUGCUGCAUGCAGCUGGACUGGAUAAUUAAUUUUACACUUGGUGAUGGUAGUAGGAAUGCGACAUUGAGAAAUGCUUAUUAAUUAAUAAUAGGAAUUUUAAAUAAAAAACAAAUCUAUCCAUUAUUAGCUUUUGGAAUU